AUGUGCUUGAGCGCGCUGCCACGGAAACUUGCAGCCGAAGAGACGGCGGAUGUUCCAACAGCGACAGUAGCAGCAGCAGAAACAGGAUCAAGCGAAAUUGCUGAUACGCUGCGUGAAGAAGGAUCUCUCGUUAAAAGGAUUGGGUUUACAAAGGAGCAGGCCCCGCGACUGUUGCUACUUUGCCUUAUGCUAGAAGCAGACGAGCUUGCAGGGUGGGUCCUUCACUGGAUUGAUGCAUGCAUGCCUAUCGCAUCAACUCCUGCAGAAGCAGGUGCUUCAAAAGACGGAAAAUCAUCUAUCCAGCAGCAACAGCAAGAUGACAAAAGCACGCAGCAGAAGGUCUACUGCAGCACCACCCAGCAGCAUGCAUCAAGAUUCGCACAGAAGCAUAUCUCCGAGCACCGGAAGCACCUCCCCUUUGGCAACUCAGCAGCAUAA